CACGAAUCCAAGGCGAUGUUUCCCCCUCCCUCCAUCCAACCAUCGUCACCACAAGGUGCAGAUCCCUGCUUGGUGCCUGCCUUUUGCGCAUGGCAAAAAAGGCUAUGAUGUCGAUGGUCGCCCGACCUGACUGUCUCUCGAUCCAUAUCUUCUCUACGAUACCUCUACACUCUCCCAUCGCUCUACAAACCACCGUGAAAACGCAAUGGCGGACGACAACAAGGAAAACAGAAUAGAGAUGAACGAAAACGCGGAGAACAUUCCCCCCGAGGGCGUAGAGGGCCAAGGAGGAGUCCAGAAAGGCAAGACUGCGGGCGGCUCGUGGCUGUCCAAGCCCGAAGAGUUUGGCAACAAUGCGGGCGCCAAGAUCGAGGACACGCUGUCUCCUGUCGGCAACGUCACGGGCAAAGCGUUCGAGGCAUUAGGGCGUCCCAUCCACGGCGUCGUCGAUCCCGCCGUAGGCGGCGUCAUGCGAAUGGGCAAAGGCUGGGGAGAACAGCUCGGAGUCGGCUAUGGGAACCACGAAGGUGGCCCUGCCAAACAAGAGGAGGCCGAGGGACAAAGAAUGAAAGAACCCUUUGGAGGCAAGAAGCAGAAUGCAGAUAACCCAUUGGGGCUGUGAACUCCCACCCGAUACCCGCCUUCACCAUCAAGAAGAGAGAUGAGUCUGCGAUUGCGGUCAGGCGACCGGAUGGAUGAUCAGAAGAGGUGGACUGGUGACGGAGUGCACACAUUUAUAUGAAUAUAGGGAGUCAUCGUCGAUGCUCGUCGAAAGAGGAGGAACAACCAUCGCUGUCAGCGGUUUCGCGGUGUGUGGUGUCGCUCAUUUUCCUGUGGUGGCUCCAAUGCUGGAGGACAGUGUUGGAAUUGGGAUGUCCACAUGUUUGUACCAGAAUCCGAGAUAUGUGACUUGGCCAUAUGUAGGGAGGAAUGUGAUCCAUUAGUCUUA